CCUUCAUCCAGCGCUUAUCUUUUUCAUGUACAUUUCUUUCAAGAGAGGAUAAUUUGGGAGAAUAUCCAAGCAGCGUUCUUUUUGAACUGUAUACAGGUUUCUCCAUUUCAUUGGCUAAAAGAGACUAAAGUGACAGGUGUUUGAUUUUGAGAAACAUUUCCUUUUUUAAUUACAUAUGAAGUCAACACAAACAGCUACUGACACAGGUAAGGCUACAGCAAAGGUAAACCAUUCCUUUUUCUUCUUAAAAAACACACUGCUAUAAUAGGCAUGGAUAAAAUAACGUCAGGUAAUGGCACUCGUUCAAAAUCAAAUCAGCCCGACAGUGACGAAGACAGUCCAUUAGCAAUGGAAAGUUUAGAUCAUCUUGACGAAAAUGACAAACGUUUUUCAGAAGAUCACAGCGAUUCUAUUGCUGAAUAUUGCGCCGAAUCACUCUACAGCUUUAGCUUCACACCUCUAUCUCGAGUUCACAAAGCAACCAAGAUAAAAAAACAAUUGUUAAGCCGCGGAAUGGAUUAUAUGCAACGUAUCCGAUGGAACACGGCUGAAGAGGAUAAAAGUCGACGAUUUUCUCAACCAGACAUAGGCAUAUCCGAAACAGACGAGUGGUCGACUUCAGAAUUGAAAUUAUCACCAUCUGUAAACGAUCUAGUUCGCCACCACCUCAUCACUCAGGCAAAGCAGAAGGAGUUGGACGACGAAGGGUUCCCUGUAGGACGACGACAGACCAUCGAGGCAUUUAAUCACCUGGGUACUAUCCGUGAAGUACCUACAUCCACCUCUGCUCAAUACAGUCAUGCGAUUCAUGCACCAUGUCGCUUUUUACCUCAGAAUCAAUCUAUUGUAACGACUGAUUCAGAAGCCACCAUAUUGUUAUUUAACGACAUGGCUAGUCUCUGUUUAGGAAUAGACCAGUCUUUUAUCGGAAAGUCUAUUUUGACGACACUAGAUAACCCUAUUCAGAGACAAUUGAAAAGUAUACUUAAAAGGCGGCGAAGUAUUGAUUUUUCAGAAAAGCAUAAAGGCGUUGUUCUCGUUUGUGGUAUUGUAGUUCCUAUCAGAAAAAUGAGUGGCGAAAAAUCAGCAGCUUCUCUUUGGCUCAAAGAAAAAAUCACUGACGAAGGAAAUGCGAUCUAUAUCUGGAUUCUUGAAGAAAUCUAUGAAACUUCACUCAUCGUUCGUUUGGACGCACGCGGUAACAUAUUGGGAGUAGAUAAUACGAUUAAGGAUCUUUUUGGUUAUGAGUCUGAAGACGUCAUUGGUAAAUCUAUCACUCAGCUUAUUCCUGGCAUUUCUAAAGAGCAUGGAGAGUAUCCUGAUCUGCAGCAAAUCGAAAAGAUAAAGUACUAUGGUGGCCUCUCUCGUAAAGGCCUUGCAUUUCCAACCAUCAUCAGUAGUUCUUCUGGAAGCAAUGGCGUGUUGAAAAUAGUUUCUCUUCCUUCCGUGGCAGGGCUUAUCACAGUUCAUAUCAAUACGGGAAAGAUUCAAAGCAUUAAUCCAGUGCCUGCAAAGUAUUUGUUUGGAUAUUCUCCAGAGACACUUGUUGAAAAAUUCAAAAUUAACCAAAUCAUUCCUCGGUUUUCAAACAUUGUGUCUGGUCUUCGAAACCAUAAUCUCUUGCAAUAUUCAUGCACGGUCAAUAACCACGUGUGUCGAUGGGCAAUAUCGGGAAUAGAUAAGGAAUAUCAAUCCAUGAGCGCUGAGGAAUCGCUAAAAUCACUCGAACGACGGCCCUCAAUCAAUGCCAGUGGACACCCACUUCCAACUAUCCAUGCUGUGCACCGUGAUGGCAGUAGCUUUGAAAUUCAAAUACAACUACGGCUCAUCGAAAGUGAUAAGGAGGACUUGAUCAGCGUUUGGGUCACUUAUGAUCGCAUUCAGGCAAUAGAGCGACAAAAUAGAAAACUUAGACAUAAACAAAAGCAAGAACAAUAUCAUCAAGAACUCGAACAGAUACGUCUCAAUAAUUUGCAACAGUCAUCUAUCGUGUCUCCGCCGCCACCAACAGAAACUAGUUCUCCCGUACAACCAAAGAGACGACCACCGAUCAGGUCUUAUGGUAUAUCGUCUUUUGGUAAUGUGGAUGAGUCAAAAGCACUCUUCCCAAAAAACAAUAACGCAAGCAUAAGUCGAGAAAGUCUACUUAGUAGCAGUGCCUAUACGAGUAGCGAGGAGUCUCUGCCUCUUGUUAAAAAAAGCCCCGUGGACGAUUAUGCUAUUUUGAACAAUCUUGGAGAAGGCGCCUUUGGUGCAGUUAAACUGGCUUAUAGAAGAGAUGAUCCAAACAAGGAAAAGGUGGUGAUAAAGUUCAUUAGAAAGGAUAGAAUAGUCGUCCACUCUUGGAUAAGAGAUCGAAAACUUGGCCUUGUCCCUAUGGAAAUUCAUAUUCUGAAAAAGCUUAAAGACAAUCCACAUGCCAACUGCUGUUCAUUAGACGAUGAAACAUUCUAUGCUGUCAUGAAAUUCCACGGAAGCGAGUGUAUGGACCUAUUUGACUAUGUAGAAUUACAUAUGGGCAUUAGCGAAAUCGAGAUCAAGCGUAUAUUCUGGCAGAUAGCUAAGGCAGUAGAACAUAUUCAUGGCCUUCGUAUUGUUCACCGUGAUAUCAAAGACGAAAACGUGUUAAUAGAUGAAAAUGGUCGUGUCAAUCUGAUUGAUUUCGGAAGCGCUGCUUACUUUAAAGAAGAUCGAAAAUUUGACACCUUUUGUGGUACACUAGACUAUUGCGCACCUGAAAUCGUCAAGGGCAUGCCCUAUGAGGGUCCACCUCAAGACAUAUACUGCUUAGGGAUAGUGCUUUAUAUAUUGAUCUAUAAAGCAAACCCAUUUGUUGACAUAGACAAAAUCCUGGAUCAUAACCUAGAGUUUCCUUAUGUGCUAUCAGAAGCAUCUGUCGAUCUUAUCAAAGGUAUGCUAGAUUACAGCCCAGAGAAACGCUUUACAAUUGCCCAAGUGUUAUCCCAUCCAUGGCUUCAGAAUAUUUCGUAUGAUUAGUUUGUGUAUAUAAAAGAAACGCUUUCAAAUAAAUACCAUAUAGGGAAUUUGUAUUGCC